CGAGCCAAUCCACAAUAUGUAAUGACGGGAUUUGAGCGUCUGAUUGCUGUGAUGGGUUUUUCGUUUUUGAUGAUUCCUUGUAUGUAGAUAUUUCAGCUAUGAAUACCAGCUUGUCGUGCGGCAGAGCUUCAAGAUUACUGUGACAGCCAUCCCGUGUUCGUGAGAACCAGUGGUUUCGGACCCUGACCUCCGAAAAUGGCGGAAAGGAAAGCAGUGAACAAGUACUACCCGCCGGAAUGGACUCCUGGCCACGGCUCCAUCAACAAGUUUCGGAACUCCCACCCAUUACGAGAGAGAGCCCGCAAGUUGCACUUGGGAAUUCUAGUCAUCAGGUUCGAGAUGCCGUACAACAUAUGGUGCGAGGGCUGUGGCAACCACAUCGGUACGGGCGUGCGCUACAAUGCGGAGAAGUCCAAGGUGGGCAUGUACUACUCGACGCCUGUAUACAAGUUCCGCAUGAAGUGUCACUUGUGCGACAACCACUUUGAAAUCAAGACCGAUCCACAGAAUAUGGACUACGAAAUCAUAUCAGGAGCAAGACGUCAAGAGAGGCGAUGGGACCCCAGUGAGAAUGAGCAAGUUGCCCCAGAUGACAAGGAAAUUGGCAAGAAAAUGGCCACUGAUGCCAUGUUCAAGCUUGAGCAUGAUGUUGACGACAAGGCCAAGGUUAAGGUUGCAACACCUGCCCUGGCCAGGCUAGAACAUCUGCAGGAUCGUUGGCGAGACGACUACACCGCCAACCAGUUGCUGCGAAAGUCAUUUCGGAACAAAAAGAAAGACCUGCACGUCCAAGCCGAGAAGGACAGAGCACUGCUGAAGAAGUCGUCGCUUCACAUAAACCUCAUGCCGGAGACACCGGAGGACAGUCGCAUUGCCAAGCUGCUCACGUUGAUGCCCACACAAACAUCUGACGAAAGGCAGAAGCUGAAAAGAACAGAGAUAGCCAUCCGACCGCUGUUUGCGUCGCAAGCACCAAGCACUAGCUCUACAAAACAGUCUUUCACUUCACAAGGCCUCAAUUCCACUAAGUUGGAGCUUGAUUCUGGGACGUCAACACCACUGCAAAAGGACCUUGUCAAAAAACGGGCAGAAGACGAAGCCAAGGCACCGUCUUCCCCUCGAUCACUGUCUCCAGAAAGGACAAUCUCCUUGGUUUCUGAUGCUUACUUUGACGACUCCUCUGACGAUGAAACAUAGCGCUCUUGUGUGUUUAUUGUAAAUAACCUGGAGCAGUCUAUUGUACAGUAUUUCGUUAUGCAGGCAUAAAUACAAGGUGUAUAUUAAGCAAUA